UCUCCGCCGCACACCACCAUCAACCACUCACAUUCCUCCAUUUCUAUAAAACCCCUCAAUUCCACACAACCCGUAAUCCACAUUCUCACCAUACAACAAAUCCCAUUUCCGGAUUUUUCGUAUACGCUUUUCUUGUGUCUUCACAUUUUCAAGAAAACCCUAGUCUUAUUUAGCAUUCUUUCAAUCCCAAUUACUUGUAUUUCAUAACCAACAUGGCUCUUGCCUAUGACCCUCAUUUUAUUGGGUCUGAAAAUCUCGAUGACGACGCCGCCACUUCUCCUUCUCCGUUGGUUUUGACUCAAGAUGAACUCAAGAAAAUCGCUGCGUAUAAAGCUGUUGAAUUCGUCACAUCGGGUAUGGUUGUCGGACUUGGAACCGGGUCUACCUCCAAACAUGCAGUCGACCGUCUUGGGGAGCUUCUCCGGCAAGGUGUACUCACGGACAUCGUCGGAAUCCCCACCUCAAAGAGGACCCACGAACAAGCUUUGUCUCUAGACAUCCCUUUGUCGGAUAUUGAGACACACCCAGUUCUUGAUUUGGCCAUCGAUGGAGCAGAUGAGGUCGACCCGGAAAUGAAUUUGGUUAAAGGGCGUGGCGGGUCUUUGCUACGUGAAAAAAUGAUCGAAUGUGCUUCUAAGAAAUUCGUUGUGAUUGUCGAUGAAUCGAAGCUCGUUGAUUACAUUGGUGGGAGUGGUUUAGCUAUGCCCGUUGAGAUUGUGCCCUUUUGUUGGAAAUUCACAUUACAUAUGCUUCAAUCGUUGUUUCAAGAAGCUGAUUGUGUGGCAAAGCUUCGAACUUCCUCCGAAACUGGAGAACCUUAUGUGACUGAUAAUAGCAAUUACAUCAUAGAUUUAUAUUUCAAGAAAAAUAUUGGGGAUUUAAAGGCUGCCGGCGAUGCCAUGUUGAGGCUUCCCGGAGUGGUGGAGCACGGGUUGUUUCUUGGUAUGGCUACCACUGUUAUAGUCGCCGGUAAGCUUGGUGUCACCGUCAAGAACAAGUCUUAGCCCUUUCUGAGCCAUUGCUAAGGAGAAAGGUAGAUCAGAAAAUAUUCAACUUUUUUGCAUUUUGAGUAGUUUCUGGCUAACAAUAUUAAGAUAUGAAAUCGGGGUUUAUGUUCCCCAUUAGAGAUACUGUAACAGGGGAAAGUUUCCAAUCGUUCUGCACUUGUUAAUCUUAUAUACUAACGAGGAUAAUUUGCCUCAAGAUUU